UUGUGCGUUGUCUUCUUCCUCCUCCUCCUCCUCGUCCAUUAUGUCUCAGGCAGACUUUAAUCACUUUACCUAUCUCGGUCCUGAGCAGCUGCGGAAGCUUGCUCGUAUAAUUUACUACCAAGAAACUGAGGCCAUUAAGAAUAUCCAGUUUGAAUACGAAGCCAAACUCGCGAAAUACCUCCGAGAUUGCAAAGCUUGUUACGAAUCGGCGAUAAGGCUUUUGGAUAGUGGUAGUAAGUUGGAGCCUUGGUUUAAUAAUGACGACAACGAUCGGGCUUCUAUUGCUCACGACAUCUACGGUUAUGUUGUAAACGCUACCAACCAUGCACUCCAGUUCGUGCGCAACUUUCGUGUGCGAAUGGAUUACGUAAACAAGAUUGAAAAGCAUGUCGACGGCCUUCGUGCUGAACUGGAUGAUGAUCUGACUAAUAUGGAAGAGCUGGCAAGAAAAGCUUCCACAUUCAGGAACGACAUGCUGGAGAUCGCCAGGGGUAGUCAAAGUCCAGCAUCACGCCAAUACUCCAGAUGGAUCAAGGAAACCGGCAAGUCGUUUGAAGAACUAGUGCAGAAGUAUCAGACAGACCUUGGAUACGGGGGACUUCUUUUCGAAGAACUGGAAGAUGUAGUAAAGAUACGGGUGUUCGGAAAAAUAAUAUUUGCAUCGGGGCGGGCAAAUAUUAAUGUAACCGCCUAUUCAAAGAUGUUUGGGGCUGCUGGCAUUGCUGUUCUUAUUUUUGCUACAGGAUUUAUGGUAUGGGACAUAUUUUCAGCAGAUAACCCUCUUCAAACGGCAGUGCGUGAUGCUGUAAUAACUGCAGCAUCAAUUGGUGGUGCGAUGAUAGGAGAACUUGUUGGUGUUGCCCUCGCGGCCAUGGUCACUGCUAAUCCGUUGUUAAUACUCAUGGCAGGAAUAACAGCGAGCAUUGCCGGAGCUUUUCUUAUUGGAGAAUUUGCCACCUGGUUGAUUGAUGUGGUUUUUGGGUCUGGAGGCCGUGCCUCAUUGAGCACGAUGGGCCAUCGAUGUUACGUCGCACAUUUGCCCGACGGCUCAGUUCUAGCACGCCGAAUUGCGCAUCAGCAAUCUUAAGAAAGUGAGGAUGUACAGAUCCUUAUCGAUUAUGAGCACUACUACACCCAAGUCUACAUAUUAUCCGUACUGAAUAAUUUGAGGCAUAUUUUAUGUCACACUGCUUUUAAUUUGUACCGUUUAUACGAAAGAUGUGGUAAUCCAAAAACCAAAUC